GAGAAUGAAGGAGAAGAUUGCUCUAUAUGCUUAUCUACGAUAUUUCAAGGAAAUCUAAUGGCCAUUCUUCCGUGCUCUCACCGAUUCCAUGAACAGUGUGUCUUGCGAUGGCUGAAUCAGAGCAGAGCCUGCCCGUAUUGUCGGUCAAGGAUCAGU